AUGGAAGGCGUCCUAUCGAAUGCAACGGUCUUCAAGCCGGACAGUUGUGGUGCACCUCGACUCGACUGGGACGUGCUACAGGCCAUCUGUGAUCGUUUGACCGAUACAUCCGACAUCCUCUCCUUCUCUUGCACCGGCGCCUCUCUGCGGCCAGUAGCAAUGCAGCGCUUCCUCAGCGUGCGCCCCAUCGUACUCAAGGACGCUCGCUCGAUGUGCAACAUCCACAGUCUUAUCUUCGCCGACAAGACGCGUCGCGCAUCUCACGUACGCGCUCUUCAGGUUGCGACCUGGGACAUCGGCACAUCGUAUGACACGAGGGAUGUUGCGGACCGCCUGCUGGCCAUCCUGACAUGUGUCGAUCGUCUCGAGAGUUUUCAAACUACUGGCUAUCUUCUCCGAUCCAAGAUGUCUGACACAAGAAUCCUCCCCGCUAUCGUCCAGCUCACUACCCUGAGGGAAAUCUCCGUUGUGAGUGAGGGGUGGGAAGACGAGGCGAUCAGGCUGGUUCAAGGUGUGCAAUCGCCUCUCGAGAUUAUCCACCUGGAUUGCCUCGACUUCGGUUACGACUACCACAGCGUUCACCAAGUCGUCACUCAACAUCCGGCGCUUCGGUCCUUCAUUGUCGACUGCGCCGAAGGCCUUCCGCGACUUGCUUGUCUUUUGCAAGCAUUCCCUGCAUUAGAUCGUACUUUAGCCCUCGAGCAUCAGAACGACGGCAGAUGGUGGAGACUCAAUGACGGCCUCUUGCACCGCGUUCGAGAUGAGAACAGGCGGGCUCAGGAGUCCCACUGUUGGGUAGGCCUCGACUAUGUUUCUUGCGAGGCGCAUGUCUUCUUCGCUCUCGGCCUCCAGUGUCCAAUACGCCACGCGAAGAUCAUCGACUGCUUUGCUCUGACCAAAGACUACGUCGCCACUGCCCUUCGCGGCAGCCCCCCUCGCCAGCUCACUCUGCGUAUAGAGCUCGAGCGCGGUGCAUCAGUUCUCGAUGGGUUGUUUCCGUCUGAGCUGGAGACGACACUUACUCAUCUCGAUGUCACCUUCCCGAGGUCGCGAGAGAGGGUUCCCCGGGGACUUGGACUUUCUCAAAAACGUCCAAUGGGACCAAUUUUUCCGCACCUGCCCCUGAGGUGUCUCAGCAUCAGCUUCUACAGCUGUUUCACCGACUACACCGACUAUUAUAACCUAGGCCGGCAUCUCGAGCUCUCAGAGACAUUUCUACACACUGUGCGGAACCUUCCAUUCGAGGAUGUCGCAUCUGGACUCGCUUCGCCUCACCAGAUCGACAUGAAGAAGAAAGCACAGACGAAGAAGAAUUCAUAG